GGCCUGCAGGGAGCAGCCGCGAGCCGGCCGGGCGCGCCGAGCCCGAGCCCCAGCCGGAGCGGGGCGGGGGAGGGAGGAGCCAAGAGCGGCCGCCGCCUCUGCCGGAGGAGCCGCGGGGCCGCCACACUCGCCCCCCGCCCCCCCCCCGCGCUCGCUCGCACUCACACCCGGGCGCUGGAGGCGGGCGGCCCGGGCCCCACCGGCCCCCCAUGGACGCCCCCGGCACGGGGCGCUGAGACCCCCGCGUCGCUGCCCAGCCCUGUCCAGCGCGCCACGCCGAGGGACUUCUGGACGGGACAAGACUCUAAAGCUACUCCCCCAGUCCAAGACACCCCCCACCUCGGACCCAGCUUGCCCUCAGCCCUACCACCUGCCACUCCCUGGCCCCUCUCACCGCCCGCCCCCCUCUUGGGGCACAGGGCAUGGUGUGACAGGCCAAGUGCUGAGGCGGGCACCAUGGGUGCUGUGCCCUAGGGCCUGGGUGGCAGGGGGUGGGUGGCCUGUGGGUGUGCCGGGGGGGCCGUUGUGCCCACCCCAGUCUCUUGGCGUGCUGGAGGGCAUCCUGGAUGGAAUUGAAGUGAAUGGAACAGAAGCCAAGCAAGGUGGAGUGUGGGUCAGACCCAGAGGAGAACAGUGCCAGGUCACCAGAUGGAAAGCGAAAAAGAAAGAACGGCCAAUGUUCCCUGAAAACCAGCAUGUCAGGGUAUAUCCCUAGUUACCUGGACAAAGACGAGCAGUGUGUCGUGUGUGGGGACAAGGCAACCGGUUAUCACUACCGCUGCAUCACUUGUGAGGGCUGCAAGGGCUUCUUUCGCCGCACAAUCCAGAAGAACCUCCAUCCCACCUACUCCUGCAAAUAUGACAGCUGUUGUGUCAUCGACAAGAUCACCCGCAACCAGUGCCAGCUAUGUCGCUUCAAGAAGUGCAUCGCCGUGGGCAUGGCCAUGGACUUGGUUCUAGAUGACUCGAAGCGGGUGGCCAAGCGAAAGCUGAUUGAGCAGAACCGGGAGCGGCGACGGAAGGAGGAAAUGAUCCGAUCACUGCAGCAGCGACCAGAGCCUACUCCUGAAGAGUGGGACCUGAUCCAUGUUGCCACAGAGGCCCAUCGCAGCACGAAUGCCCAGGGCAGCCACUGGAAGCAGAGGCGGAAAUUCUUGCCGGAUGACAUCGGCCAGUCACCCAUCGUCUCUAUGCCGGAUGGAGACAAGGUCGACCUAGAGGCCUUCAGCGAGUUUACCAAGAUCAUCACCCCGGCCAUCACCCGUGUGGUGGACUUUGCCAAAAAACUGCCCAUGUUCUCCGAGCUGCCUUGCGAAGACCAGAUCAUCCUCCUGAAGGGGUGCUGCAUGGAGAUCAUGUCCCUGCGGGCGGCUGUCCGCUAUGACCCCGAGAGCGACACCCUGACGCUGAGCGGGGAGAUGGCCGUCAAGCGGGAGCAGCUCAAGAAUGGCGGCCUAGGCGUAGUCUCGGACGCCAUCUUUGAACUGGGCAAGUCACUCUCUGCCUUUAACCUGGAUGAUACGGAAGUGGCUCUGCUGCAGGCUGUGCUGCUAAUGUCAACAGACCGCUCGGGCCUGCUGUGUGUGGACAAGAUCGAGAAGAGUCAGGAGGCGUACCUGCUGGCGUUCGAGCACUACGUCAACCACCGCAAACACAACAUUCCGCACUUCUGGCCCAAGCUGCUGAUGAAGGUGACUGACCUCCGCAUGAUCGGGGCCUGCCACGCCAGCCGCUUCCUCCACAUGAAAGUCGAGUGCCCCACCGAACUGUUCCCCCCACUCUUCCUCGAGGUCUUUGAGGAUCAGGAAGUCUAAAGCCUCAGGCGGCCAGAGGGUGUGCGGAGCUGGUGGGGAGGAGCCUGGAGAGAAGGGGCAGAGCUGGGGGCUGAGGGAGGCCCCCCACCCCUCUUCUCUCCUUCCUCUCGUCCUCGGAUAGAUUCAGCUCCCACACACACCCCUGCACUGCCCGUCCCUCCUCAGAACCUCCAGCCCUGGGACAGGGCAAACACAUGAACUUGCUAUGAAAAGGACAGUGUGGGAGGCUGGGGGACCGUGUCCUGCAGUUCGCAGGACCCCAUCCUCUACGAAGGUAGGGGAAGGGAGGGAGAACUAAGAGGGGACAAGCCAUCUUGACCGUAGGGGAUGGAGGAAUGGGGGGUGGGGGGAAGAUGCCCUCAACUCAGCCCCUACACACACACAAGAGAGAGCCCCCCUGCCCAGUUCCUUGACCGAAGUUCCCCCUCCAGGCUAAGAGCCUCUCUGCUCCCCCAGAUGCCUGGGUGCAAAGAAAGGCUUGGCUUGGCUCCUCCCCCCCCCCCGGAGGUUAAAAAUUAGUCAUUCUAACUGCACUUUGGAAACCAGGCAAGGGGAGAAGAUAAAUGAAGAAAAACUAGACAGAGAGAAAAAGAAAAAAAAAGAGUGAGCGACUGAGAGAGAGAGAGAUGAUAUUAAGUUAUUAACCGAGGCUGGCCCCCUACCACCCCGAAGCACUUUGAGAGCUGCCCCUCCUCCCCCCAAAUCAGAGAGAACUGCCCCCCAUACCAGGUCCCCGAGGGUAGGGCUGCCGAUCAGAGCUGUGAGUUAACACAACAGGGUCCUGGCCAUCCCUCCUUCCUUGCCCCUCCCUCUGUGCCCCUUCGGCACCCCCCCCCAGCCCAGUGCUCCCUCUGCUCUCUGCCACUCGUGCCCGCUGAGUUCCAUCUACCUCUCACGCUGGAUGCCAGCUGGCCCCUCACCAGCCUGCCCUGCUGCCCACACAGCUCCCCUCUCAAGUGCCCAGCCCCAGGGGCCUCUCCCUGCCCCCCCCUCUCCUUCACACCUUGGCACCCACACAGGAAAAACUGUGGCUCCAACUUCUGCCCUCCUCACAUCUGCAGUAUUAGCUACAAUCCAGAUGCUGCUGCGCUGGGGGAGGGGGCGGGGGGGCGGUGUGCGUGAGCUUCUCCCAGAGCCUCCACCCCCUUAGGACCCUGUCCCCGUCUGUCUUCUGGGCUCUCUCUAACCUCUGCCCUCUUCCCCACUCCCACUCAAUGCACUAACCCAGAUUCGGGGCAGGCAGGCACCAGAAUGGGGGUGCCUAGACAAAUGGCACUUAGUUGGGGCCCCAGGGGCGGGGGCGGUUGGUGCUCCUUUUUUCUUUGAAGCUCUUUAGGCCAGCCGCCCCUCUGCCCCCAGGACCCCUUUCCCCUCUUCUUUUCUCUAAUUCAGGGACUUUGGCUUGAGCCACCUCCCACCCUCCUGGUGAGGAGUGCUCUGUUGGUCUGCACUUGGGUGAGCUGCCCUCCUCCCCUUCCUAUUGGCUACUGCCCGCUGCCCACUCCACAGGGGAGAGAGGGAGGGAGGAGGUAGCCCUCCCAUGGGUGGGGGGAGGAGG